ACGCGUAAUAAUAGUUACAUUUCCCGCCGACAAUUUGAUCGCUGAAUUAAAGAGCAUCUGGCAACUUGAGCGUUAUAGCUUACAGUUUUACACGUGCUUGGAUUGAAAAUUCGGCUGCUUAAAAAUACUGUAAAAUCUGCAUUUUUUAAAAUAAAAUAUAACAAUAGGAUCUAAUCAGAUUCAUUAAGCCUCCACGAAGAUUUGACAAAUAUGAAGAAACUCUCAACCAAAAAAACGAAGACUGCUUCUUCUUCAAGAAAAAGCAACACAAACGAUAGUUCUGACUCAACAAAUAUGGCAGAGAAAAAAUUGUCAUUUGUCAGUCAUUUGCUUUCAGCCAAAAGUGUCUAUGAUUCCUUAAAAAAUGGACAGACCAAACCAACUUCGAAAAGAUCAAAACUUAAAAAAAAAACUUCACGAAAGAACAAAACAUCAUCCAAAUUAAAUGUAGACAACAGUUCAACCAUUAAUCAAAGUGUGUCGGUGACUGGCAUUGGUGCCUUAAAACUUAAAUUAAAGGAGAGCAACAUUUCUGAUGAAGAUAAUUCAUUCCAAUCCUCUCCCAAUGAGGAUGAUUCUUUUUUAACAGCAGAAAAAGAAGGUAUUGAAGAAACCUUUGCUAUGGAUGAGGAAUCAAGUUCUUUGCAAGCAGUCUACCAAACUCUGGAUACAUUUGAUUUCCUUCUAAUUAAUCCCAAUGAAGUUCUAGCAUUCAUCCCAUUUCAGACAUGUUUUUACUUCAAAGGACGUCUUAGUUUGACAUGUCUUAGUGGGAUUGCCGAGAUGCAAGGCUUUUCUAUUGAGCAGAAUUUAAGUAAAACAUACCAUGUUUUUUCUCCUAGAGGAUACAGUCUGCAGUGCAUCCGUUCAGUCGGAAAAAGCAAUACGUCUUUUAAUGCAAGCCGCGCUCACGCUCUCUUGAAGUCUGCUGGGUUGACGUGUGAAGAAAAUCUUUUGAAGAAAAAGAGCUCUGAAAAUGUCUUGCUUAUUUUGCGUUCCCUUAACUUUGGAAUGAUUGAUUACAUCAGCCGUAUUUUCCCCAUCAACAUCCUCAAGAAAGAAGAGUGCGUUCCUCCAGAAUCUAAUUAUUGGAGAGAUGAAAAUCGCAACCUAUUUGGCAAACUUUGUAACCAACUUGACACGAGUAUUGUUCUACGCGGAAGCAUUUUCAGCGCCAGAUUCUAUUUACAACCAGAUGUCUGGGCAGAGUAUGCACAACAAUUAAUGGAUAAAUAUCAAAAAAAGGAAACUGUUAGAGUAAUGUUGCUCGGUGGAAAAGGAGUGGGGAAAUCAACUCUACUUCGUUACUUGCUUAAUCAACUCAUCCAAAAGUGUGGAACCGUUUUGGUGGUGGACUUUGAUCCUGGCCAGCCAGAGUUUUUUCCUGCGGGAUGCGUAACAGCAUCUUUAGUCUCUGAACCGUUGCUUGGUCCAAAUUUUACCCACAUUCAACAGCCACUUUUCUCAUACUUUGUCGGGGAUGCAGAUAUUAUCGGUUGUCCGGAACGCUAUGUUCGGUCAUGCCGGCAACUUCUUAUCGACUGCAAGCUUAAAUUUGCCUUGGAAAACGUUCCAACACUAAUCAAUACCAUGGGAUUCACUAGCGGUAUUGGUCUGGAUGUAACUUUAGACUUGAUUCGUCUUACCCAGCCACACCAACUUCUUCAAAUUAGCAGCCGCUCACUUCGUCGCAAUUUCCCUUCAAUGCUCGAACGUGAUUAUGUUGCUCAACACCAACGCGGCUGGCUAACCGAUGCUGCUGAGUGGUCAGAAAAAUUACCCAAUUACGAGCUACAAGCAAUCUAUUCAUCGGCGGAACUAUCGGAGAAAAGUUUAGAAGAAUGGGGUUUUCGUGCAUCGGAAUUGCGGCAAAUUGGACUAAUGUCCUAUUUCAGCCAACUAUCUAACAGCGCUCAUUGGUCGUUAAUGGAUUCUGUACCCUACUGCAUUUCAUGGCAAGAUUUGGCCGUUUGCAUCUGCCAUGAAUCUGUUCCACCUGCUUUGACAAUGGCCGCUCUCAACGCUUCGCUUGUUGCUCUUUGCAUUUUGGACAACGAUGCCGCUGCUUCUGUUCCAUAUUACCAGGCUGCUGACGGAAAAUACCCCAAAAUUUUGCGAGAGUUACCUUUGAUGCCUUGUCUGGGCUACGGUAUUAUUAGAGGAAUCGACCUUACAAGAGGCCGUGUCUACUUGAUCAGCCCAGAACCAGCGGAGCGACUUGCACAUGUCAAUUGUUUAGUGAUGGGAGGAGUACGAGUUCCAGAAAGUCUACUACUCGAUGCACCUUUAUCGGUCAACCAAGAUGAAGAAUGUGUCACGAAACUACGAGUCCCAUACGGGACUUUUGGUCCUUCUGUUGCUCAGCCAGCAUGUCGACCCUACCGCAAGUACAAUCCCGUCUUUACUUUGCGCAAUGUUGUGUAAUAUGUGUGAUGGUUAAGUAAAACUAGAAGUUGUGUGGCGAUGAAAA